UAAAUUGAGCCAGUAUUCUGUAGAUGUGAGCUUGGAUAUUACCAGACCAUAUAAUAUUGUAAGAAGAAGAAAUGGAGGGCUAAAAAUCAACCAAUAUGGGACAUUUUGCAGCUGUAUUUAGCUUCACAGGGAAGCCAUGUUCACUACUUAAAUAAUCUGCCAGCACAAGACACAUGUAUUACAGCUUUAAGACAAAGAUAUUUCUAGGAUAAAAUGUUAGGUUGGUUCAAUGGAAAGACAAAAUAUUCCAAUGCCAUGUCUAUUGUUGAGCUUGCGGUACACAUGGAUUGUGAAGGAUGCGAAAAGAGGAUACGAAGAGCAAUCUCAAAAAUAGAUGGAGUAGACAGCUUGGAAAUCGACAUGGAUAAGCAGAAGGUAACAGUGAGAGGAUAUGUGGAGGAGACGAAAGUGCUUAAAGUAGUGAGGAGAACUGGAAGGAAAGCCGAGUUUUGGCCGUUCCCAUACGACACCGAAUACUAUCCUUAUGCUUCCCAGUAUUUGGAUGAAUCUACAUAUACAUCUUCUUAUAACUAUUACAGGCAUGGAUUUAACGAAAGCGUGCAUGGCUAUUUCCCACACCAACCUUACACAACUGUUCCUGAUCAAACAGUUCAUCUCUUUAGUGAUGAUAAUGUUCAUGCUUACUGCAAUGUUAUGUGAUACACUUAUGUUUUAAUAUUUCAUCCUCUUGAAUUAA